AUGGCGAUGAUAUCUGAUGUCGACUACAUCUUACAAGCUGUUCGCCUAUCUUCACUACGAAUCACCGAUGAUCCACUUACACCACGUAUAAUCUCUUUGGACCCUUCCUUCGCCUUGAACCCAUACAUUAACGCAUCUGGAUUAUCCGACAUUGAUAGAUGGCCAGAGAUCAAGAGAGCCUUGGACUCACCACCACCUGAACCAUCUUACCUGUCCUCUGAAAAUGGCUAUCCUAGGCGCAAUCUCAGAGAUAACUCUGGAGGGGGAGGAGGGGGGUUGAACUAUACUCAAACUAUAAUGGGAGGUAAAUCAGGAGGGGCAGGGAUGAGAGUAUCAGGUCGUAAUGAGACCAAACGUGGUAACGGCCAAAGUAGAAGUAAUCAUAGGGCAAAUUCAACUUCCCUAGUCACGGAUAUGCCUCUGUCACCUUCUCAAGGACAAGACAGAACUCCAACAACCAAUAUGAGACUUCCCACGAUGGAUAAUGGGUUCUUCUCGCCUUCCGGACGGCCUCGUGCUGAUUCAGCUCCUGCUCCGGGAUUGUUGGGUGUUCCACCUGGAGGAGUAGGACCGAACUCUAUACUGAACGGAGCAAGCAUGUUAACCUCUGGAAGGGGGUUAGGGGUAACUCAAAACGUUGGUGUAUUGGAACAAGCUUUAAGUACGAGCGAAGCUUCCAAUGAAGAUCCAGGACAUAUCACACCCGGAGCUGCGGGUAUGGGAAUGGAGGUAGACCAAAGUUCGAUGGGUCAAAAUGGGGCUUCGCAAUUGGCUGUAACUGGUAUAACGACAGGUGGAGUGGAUAGGAUGGUAGGAGCACUAGUGGACGAAGGAAGUGAUGUGGAUGAAGAUGAAGCUGCCGAAGCUGAGGGUAUGGGACGUACUCAAGCUCAAGCACAGCGUGAUUCUAGCGCAUUACCAACAGACUCAAGAAGAGUGUCUGUAGAUACGCUCAACAGUGAAAAAUUGGAUUUCACCCCUAUACCUAUCCAACAAAACGGUCCAGCCGCAACAUCCUCUUCAUCACCGCCGGUUCAAUCUUCCGCAUUAACAGCUGCUUUGAACAAAUACGUUCCACAUCUCGUAUCGACCUCAUCGACCUCAUCCCCUCCUCCAUUCAUAGAAGAAGGUCCACCGCCAAAUCCGUUCACUUCUUUAUACGCCACAGUGGCUGCGCCACCGGGUGCACCCUCUUUAUCGCUAGAAAUGUAUUUCCCACAUUCCAAAAAGCCAACAGAUCCUAUUAUUGCCAAAGUCCGAAAAGACGCUACGGUGGAGGAAGUGACAGGAUUCGGAUUGUACAAGUACUGGGAAGAUGGUAGAUUGCCUUUGUUGAGCGAAGAGGAGAACGAAGUCAAGUGGAGUGCAGUAGGCUGGGGAUUAAGGAUCGUGGAGGAUGAUGGUGAAGUGGAUGAAGAUUUCCCUCCGCUUGAUCGAGAAAGUCAGAUAUCCAAAUUCUCCUACGGUCAAUUCGCUAUCGUCGAAGCAACCGAAGAACAGAUUCGUCAAAAUGCUGCUAAAGCACCUAAUAUCCAAAGAAGACCUUCACGUAUCUUAGCUGCACCCACUCCACGACCAUCUAGACCACCCACUCAGCCAUUUUCUCGAGGAGCUACUCUGACUGUUCCCUCCACCAUGCAAGCCACAAGCUCGGCAUCCUCAUUCUCCUCAAAUGAACAAACUCCACUGGGCUCGAUCGCUGGACCUGGUUUGAGUACGACAGCAACCGCUAUGAAAGGUAGCGUAGGCUUAAGCUCGACUAGUAGCGAGAUUGUAAGGUUGAAAAUCAGAGUUACGGCUAGUGCGGAUGUUCAUUUUACCACUACUAUCAAUGUUCCAUCCGAUAUGUAUAUCGCCGAUCUGACCGAAGUCUUAUGCAAAAAGAAGAGAUUACAGAUGCCAGUUACAGACUGGGUAUUAUGUCUUGCAGAUUUAACUCUGGCUAUACCCCUCGAUAGGACUGUUGCAAGUCUGGAGGGUAGAACGGAUCUGGCUCUGGUGAAGAGACAAUGGGCAACCGAGCACGGCUUGAGAAUCGAUGAUAGACGAGGUGGUGAUCCGAGUGCAUCUAUAUUUAAGAGACAAUCGGAACCUGCUCCUAUGCAACGAUUCGGACCUGGUCUCGCAGAUUUCUCUCAAACAUAUAAGAAAUAUACGGUACAGAGGAAAAUUGCUAUCGGACGACAUGAGAGAGUUUUGGCGAUUGAUGGUGAUUACAUACACAUCAUGCCAUCCGAAUCAAGGGCGUUUUUCGACUCGAUGAAAACGACUUCUUUCCACAUUACGCUCGUCGCAUCGUGUAAGCUCACCGGACGAGCAGGAGGGUUCAAGAUCAACGUUUGGAGGGAAGGAGCUCAGAAAAGGUACGAGUUUGAAGCUGAGAAUCAGAGGCAGGCGACGGAUAUCGUCUCUACGAUAAGACAAUUGAUGAAAUCGUAUUCCUCUGAACGGAAUUCAAUCUUACCCCCUCCAAGACCAUCUUCGAAGAGAUGA